AUGUCGGCAUAUGAGACCCCUGGAGCUAGUGCAAAAGAUUGCCUUGCGGUGUACACAAUGCUUAUGAAUAUGCAAGACCUCAGCUUUAACAACUUGGAGGGAGAAAUUCCGAAUCUUGUAGACCUGGUGCAUCUGGAAAGGUGCUACCUGACCAGCAACUUGCUUACUGGGAAUAUUCCGGAUUGGAUCAAGAGCAGAGAUACUGGAGUCCACACAGAUCUUUCUUACAACAACUUUUCUGAGAGCUCCGCACCACCUGGCUGUCCGGAAAACUUAAACUUGUUCAGAAGCUUCUCUGGAAAGAAAGUGGAAUCUGGUCAUUGCCUGACACGCUUUCCUUGUACAAAAGAUUGGUAUGAAAUUCAUAUAAAUUGCGGUGGGGGAAGUACCAUGAUCGGAAACACUGUUUAUGAAGCAGAUAAUGAAACAAGAAAUUCGGCAAAAUUUUCUCCACAGAAGGAGAGUUGGGGCACUAGCAUCACAGGAAACUUCUGGGAUCUUUCCAAUAUAACCCUGGAUGAUUAUACUGCAAGAAAUGUAUCAGUUCUCAGUGUGAAAAAUUCUGAGCUGUACACAGAAGCUCGCCUCUCUCCAUUAUCUGUCUCUUAUUACGGGCGUUGCUUAGCAAAUGGGAAGUAUAAUGUAACACUUCACUUUGCUGAAAUAAUUUUCAGACACAAUCGGUCUUACCAGAGUCUUGGAAGACGGAUGUUUGAUGUUUAUAUCCAGGAUGAAAAGGUUUUGGAGGACUUCGAUAUUGAACAUGUAGCAGGAGGGGUUGAUAAGGCAGUAACACAGACAUAUCAAACAGUUGUAAAGGAUAAAACUUUAGAUAUUCGCUUUCAUUGGGCUGGGAAAGGGACAUCAGCUAUCCCUAGGAGAGGAAUGAAUGGCCCUCUGAUAUCUGCUAUUUCUAUGAAAGCUAAUUUCAAGCCUCCACCUGAUGGAAAAACGAAGGUAUUCAUUGCAGUUGGAGUCGCAGCUUUGGUAUUAUGUAUAAUUCUCACAGUUCUCCUUAUUCUUUGGUGGAAAGGCUGUAUGGGAGGCAGCAACUCAAGGGAACAAGGUGGUGAAGCUCUACUGCAUGAGUUUUAA